UAUGAGUUACGAGCGCAGCCGCAUGGGUAGAGUUACGACUGAAAGAGUGGUUAGUGAAGUCAAGCGUGAACACAGCGGCUCAAAAAAGCCUGCGUUAAACAGUGUUCCAGAGUAAAAGCAUCAAAAGAGGCCAUCAUGACUGACAGGAAGGCAGUAAUAAAGAAUGCUGAUAUGUCUGAGGACAUGCAGCAGGAUGCAGUGGAUUGUGCCACACAGGCCAUGGAGAAGUACAACAUUGAGAAGGACAUUGCUGCAUAUAUCAAAAAGGAGUUCGAUAAGAAGUAUAAUCCGACAUGGCAUUGUAUUGUGGGACGGAACUUUGGCAGUUAUGUUACGCAUGAAACGAAGCAUUUCAUCUACUUUUACUUGGGUCAAGUGGCCAUUCUGCUCUUCAAAUCGGGCUGAGGGAACCGCUGUUGUUCAUGAAAGUUGGACAUCAACUCCAAACCUGGACUGUGAUGCACUGAUGGCUUGAGCCACACUCUCUAUACACACACACACACACACACACACACACUUACAUUCUCUCCCACAUACACA